AUCGUUUUCCGUCGACAGUCGAACCAUAUAAAUCGUGAAGUAUUUUAUUGGUACAGGAGCAAAUCUGGUACUGGUAUAAGUGGCGGAUUUCUAACAAGAUGCUGUCGGUGGAAGGGGACACGAUCGUCUCCUCAAUUAAGCCUCAAGUGUUUGGCAACGAAGAGAAGGAGUCUCUAAUACAACUGCUGCUGAGGAGUGCUGAUGGAUCUGGAUCUAGCAAAUCCAACUUUUCCGUUCUGUCUAUAGUCGGCGAUGAAGGGGUAGGAAAGACUGCUUUGGCUAAGCUUGUGUACAAUGAUCCACGGGUGCAGAAGCACUUUGAGCUGAAAAUUUGGGUUUGUGCUUCUGAGUCCCUUGAUGUGAAACAGCUGAUCAAAGAGAUAAUAACAGAGUCUGGCACCGAGGAGAAACAAUCCAUCCUCACCGAUUUAGACUCUCUUCAAUUGAUCCUAAAGGGGAAGAUGAUGUCAAGAAGGUUUGUUCUGGUCCUUGAUGAUGUGCGGAUUAUAGAUAGUAGCGAAUGGCAGAAGCUCUAUGUGGCGCUGAAUCACGGGCUUCAAGGAAGCAUACUUUUUGUGACUGCUCGGUCUCUAGAGAUUGCUAACCAAUUGGAUACAUCAUAUCCAAUCUUUCUGGUAGGUUUGACGGAUGAUGUCAUAUCGCAAGCAUCUGAUCUUACAAAGUCAGAAAUCAUCCGGAGUUGGAGGGCAUUGGUAGGAGGGUUGCCGCCAAGUUACAGGGAUCUCCAUUAGCAGCAAAACUUAU